GGAGAGAACUUUGAAGAUCAAGUCAAGUGAAUGUUGCGCCAUGGGGAUAAGGACGAGACUUGGAGCCGUGCUGCUGUUAAUGUGGAUUAUUCAAGGUGACACUGAGGGAGUGGAGAUCCCCACUAAAGAGAUAGAGGUGGUGAAGGGUCGGAUGGUGACGCUGCAGGCCUGGUACAGCCCCAGUUUGGACAUCAGUAAAAAUGUUGUCAUCUGGACUUUUGAGACCAACAAGUCCACUCCGGUAAUCAACUUCAGCUCAGGUAAGGUCGGAUAUGGCCAAAAUGUAUUCACCAAAAGAGUGGGCUUCACUGCGGCGAUGCCCUCAGCAAACCUCUCCAUCUACAUCAACAACACACAAGAAUCAGACAGCGGGCGCUACGUGUGCCAAGUGGUCGUCCCAGGAGGAGAUUUUAUUUCAGGACAGCUGAGCCUAAAUGUCAAAGUCCCACCAUCGCCCCCUGUCUGCACCAUGACAGGAAACCCCGUGGUGAGGGGCAACGUGACGCUGAGCUGUACAUCCAGUCAGGGGAAGCCUGCUCCUCAAUACAAAUGGACCAAGGCUGCACCACUGUCUGAGGUCUUCUUUUCACCAAUGCAGAAUGAAAGACAUGGCACCCUCCGCCUCAGUAACCUCACCAAAAGCAUGUCAGGGAAGUAUGUGUGCCGAGCCAGCAACACAGCCGGCUCAGACACCUGCUCCAUUAACCUUGAGGUCAUCACCUCCUCAAAUGCAGGCAUGAUUGCUGCAGCCACUCUGGGCUCCAUCGUGGGACUGGUGGCCAUGGUGCUGUUUCUCAUAUUUGUUCUGAGAAGAAGAGGGGACUCUGAAGAGGAGACAGCCAAUGAGAUCAAGGAGGAUGCCCAGGCACCAAAACGCGUAUCUUGGGCUAAGAGCACCACAGAAUCAGACAUCAUGUCUAAAAAUGGCACACUUUCAUCUAUAGCCACCAGCCCUCGAACACGAGACCCUCCAAACUUUCACUACCCCUAUUCCCCAAUGCCAGCUUCAGACAGUGGAUCUGUCAUUAACGCUUACCAGCUACGGCCUGGAGAGGCCAACACCUUACAGGGACUUCCGGGGUACAACAUUGGAGGCACUGCUCCUCGAAAACCCAAGCCACCCCCCACGGCAAAUGGUGCUCCCCCAUACAUGAUGCGGAGUCCAGGAAAUGGCGCUCCCCGUGGGCCAGAGGGUACACACCCUGAAGUCCCUCCCUCAGUUACUUUGUCUCCACAGACGAGUUCGUCCACCCUGACGCGUAUGGGAGCUGUAGCAGUGAUGGUGCCUGCUCAAAGCCAAGCAGGCUCUCUAGUGUAGCCAGCUGUAGCAACUCCACUGAGGCUAAAGGACAGUCGAUAAACAGGAAGAAGAAUGCCUUGAAAUGGAAAGCACCUUUUCA